GGAUGGGGCAGUCGUCAAAAUGUUGUUCCAAGUCUCGGUGCUGUGCUUUUUCCUCGCGCUUGUCAUACAGUUCGUGAAGUUCCGCACGAGUCGCUACUACCAGCUGCUGAAGAAGAUACCAGGAGAUAAAGGAGUCCCGCUGCUGGGAAACCUCUUGGAAGCUUUCACGAAUGUCAACAGACUGGUGGAACGCGGAAUAGAGUUGCGACAGACAUACGGCUCUACGUUCAUCGAGUGGAUGGGAACAAUUUCGUGUGUGUUUCUAUGCGAUCCUCGAGACCUCGAGAUAGCACUGAAUAAGAGCUCCGCCCUCGCAAAACCCCGGCCGUACAAGGUGCUCGAACUGUACCUCGGCUACAGCUUGAUAACCGCUGAUCCUACGGACUGGAAGAGGUUCCACAAGAUCAUAACUCCUGCUUUCGGCCUUCCCACCCUCAAGAGCUUUAUCCCGGUCUUCAACGAGAAGAGCAAAAUACUAGUGGAAGUGCUCAAGAGACACGAAGAUGGACAGCCAUUCGACAUGCUCGACUACAUGAUGAUGUGCACUUUGGACAUCGUUACCGAGACCAGUUUGGGAUCCAACAUGAACGUGUUAAAGAAUAAACGGAUGGACAUAGUGAAAAGUUUACAAGCCGCAGAAGACGUGAUAUACUACGCUACACUUCGGCCUUGGUGUUGGACACCUGCCCUGAUCAAAUCGACUUCCACCUACAAGAAGAUGGUGAACGGUGUUAAAGGUAUGUGGGACUAUGCCGACUACAUAAUCACCCAGAAACUUUCAGACGGCUCGCGGGAAAGUAACUCCUGUCGCAUGGUGAAAACUGUCGGGGAGAUAUCUGACGAAUCACUGGACGUGGAGAAGAAACGCCUCGGGUUCUUGGAUCACGUGAUUUGUGGCCUAAACGAUGGUUCACCUUUGCUAAAGCAAGACGAGAUCAAGGACAACACCAUCACAGUUAUUGUGGGUGGAAUGGGCACAGGGAGUUUAGUCAUGUCGGCUUCUCUCAUGCUGUUGGGUUUACACCGGGACGUUCAGGAAAAGGUUGUGAAGGAGUUGGAGCACAUAUUCGGUGACGACAUCGACAGGGCGGUGACAUACGAAGAUCUCAUGCAGAUGGUGUACCUCGAGCAAGUGAUCAACGAGACCAUGAGGCUAUACCCACCCGUACCUCUUACUGGCAGGGAAGCCACCGAUGAGAUUAAACUUACCAAGUAUACUCUACCCGCUGGGACUUACAUCGCCAUACCCGUUUCGCUGAUUCAUCGCAACCCCGAAUACUUUCCUGAUCCUAACAGAUUCGACCCAGAUCGCUUCAGUCCUGAGAAUAGUGCCAACAGACAUCCGUUUAGCUUCAUUCCUUUCCUGGGAGGUCGCAGGAUGUGCAUAGGGAAGAAAUACGCCUACAUGCAGAUGAAGAUCAUCCUGUCCACCGUGCUCCGAAGCUACGAAGUCCUUCCUUGUGGAUCCAGAGAAGAAAUGGAACAACUGCAGUUUAAGAUGACUCUUCACAUGGUAAAUGGAAACAAUGUAAAGAUUGUUCCCAGAAAACGGUAAUUGUUCGUUGUGAGUUCUGCUAAUAAAAUGUUAAAAACAUCAAUGAUUUUUAUAUAAUUUUUUUUUCGUGACAAUGCUCUGAUCUAAAUUUUUUUAUUCAUAACUAUUUUACUAUUACUUAAGUUAGAGGUCUUUCUGAAACUUUGUAAUUUUAUUUGCAUAAAUUAAGAGAAAAUUAACACUGUCGUCGCAUAUCAGGACCAUAUAUAUCUCUUUCGAUUGAGUAUCUAUAAAAUUUUAAUACACUGCAAGACAAUUAAGUGUAUCUCUAGAGUUUUUCAGAUGUCUUAUUGACAUUGUCAUUGACAUUUGGUAUUGUCAUAAGAUAUAAUCUACAUGUUAACUAGGGUCACAAUAGCUUGCUCUCAGUUAAAUUAUAGUAGCAUUAUAUUCAGCAAGUUUUAGUUGGUGCUUAUUUCAAAUAUAUUAACAAAUUGUAUCAUUGGCUUCUAUGGUUGUAACAUUCAGUUAAGAAAUUGGCUUAAACUUUUUAAAGUAGAGAUAAAAUGAAAAGUGAGUUUUUUUCCAUCACGACAUGGGGCAUUCUGUGUAAUUUUGUGUAUUGGCCAGUAUUAGUUAUUACUUGGUGAUAUUAGAGGGCAAUUUAAUAUAAAACUUGUGUAAAGUUGAGAGCUCAUUUAUUGUAGCUUUUGUGAAGAUAACAUAUUUUGACUGUGUCUCCAUAAGAGUAGGAAUAUUUUAACUUUAAUUUUUUCCAAGUAUAAUGUAUCAGUAAUAUAGCUGUUCAGCUAGUGCCUUGAUCAAAUGAAAUUGUUUAAUUACUCAAGCCACUUUAGAUUUGGCGCUUAAACUGGAAACUUUUACUUGCCAAUAUCACUGAGUGAAGUAAACUGUUAUUUUGAUAAAAGAUUGAGUAUAAUAAAUUUCAUUAAAUGAGAAUAGUCACUUUCAAACGGACUAAAUUAACUAUGACCUGUAGCUGGAUAACCGGAAACCAAUGGUAUCUCUGAGUUUGUAAUUGAUUUUAUGUGACAUCCGAUUGAUCAUGACGAGGAUAUCAAACAUUUUUCUUUUACCUGAAACCCUUGUGUGUCAGAGUACUACAUGUACUACAAACAUUUGACUCAUCUGUGCACCAAAAUAAAUUUAUGUAGGAAAUCUGAUGUUUUGCUCUUAACUGCUUUGAUUGUUUAAUGCCUGAUAGAAAGUGAAAUUAAAAGAUAUUGAUAGUUAAUACUGCUAUACAGUCGAGCACAUUGUUUCCAAUAGAUUUAAGUUAAUGUAAUUAUAUUACUAAUAAUGUGGUUAAUGAAUGUUUACUGAAUUAUUACUGAUACAAUAAAACAGCCUUGUGAUUCG